AUGUUGAGUGUGAUAUUGAGAAGAAGUGCAGCAAGAAACAUAGCAACUAGAGGUGGUCAUGGAUGGGAUAGACCUGAUGUGCCUUUGACAGUAGCAUAUCAACAUAAAAGAAGAAUGGAUGUAUUUGAUACAAAUUUAUGGUUUUAUUGCGGUGUGAUGCCAGAAUACUUUAUUAAUUAGAAUGAGGGCUAUUUGAAUUCAGCUCAGAAUGCCAUUAAAUAUUUGAUACUCGAUUCGAAAUAUAUUGUUGCAGCUUUUGCAGCAAUUAUGUUCACAUAUGAAGUAUUCUAUGAAGCCAGAUUUUGGAACAUCCAGCCAGAUUAUUUAAAAAACCCAAUUGUAAACUAUCCUAGAAAGGUCCAAUAAGAAAGACCAUUCAUGGUUAAGCAUUUCCUAGAUUUGAGCAUUACAGGUGACAUGGGUUUGUAAAGAAUGGUCCCUGGAGAAAAGAGUUUUGCAACUGAACUAUUGGAGACUUAUGAGGAAUAAAAUAGACACAUUCAGCUCAUGAAUUUAGAAGGCAAGACUUACAUAGAAAGAGUUGAGGCAGAAUCUAGAUAGGCUGUUGCAAGAAGACAUGGACAAGGUGAAGCUCAUCACCAUCAUCAUUGAUAUGAAUCAUAUUAAAUAAUCAAAGGAAAAUUAUAUUUCUGUUCUAAUAUAAUAUGGA